CUGACUUGAAGAAAGACUUAGGUGAAUAUGUUAAAACUCAGCUUCCCAAAACCACAAAAUUGGUAAGAAAUGAGAAACGGGAAGGCUUGAUUCGAGGAAGGAUGAUUGGAGCCUCUCAUGCCACAGGGAAAGUGCUGGUGUUCCUGGACAGUCACUGUGAGGUGAACGAGAUGUGGUUACAACCUCUGCUGACUCCCAUCAGAGAAGAUCGCAGGACUGUGGUGUGCCCUGUGAUUGACAUAAUCAGUGCUGACACACUUGCCUACAGCUCUUCCCCAGUUGUGCGUGGAGGGUUUAACUGGGGCCUGCACUUUAAGUGGGAUCUUGUUCCUUUGUCAGAACUGGAGGGACCCGAGGGGCCCACUGCUCCGAUCAAGUCACCUACUAUGGCUGGAGGCCUAUUUGCUAUGGCUCGUGAGUACUUUAAUGAACUUGGACAAUACGAUAGUGGCAUGGACAUCUGGGGAGGAGAAAAUCUGGAAAUAUCUUUUCGGAUCUGGAUGUGUGGUGGUAGACUUCUCAUCAUCCCCUGCUCCAGGGUGGGACACAUUUUCCGUAAAAGGCGUCCCUAUGGCUCACCAGGGGGACAGGACACUAUGGCUCAUAACUCCCUGAGGCUGGCACAUGUGUGGAUGGAUGAAUAUAAGGAGCAGUAUUUUGCUUUGAGACCCGAGCUAAGGAUGAGGAACUAUGGAAACAUUACCGACCGUGUAGAAUUGAGAAAAAGAUUGAACUGCAAGUCAUUUAAGUGGUAUUUAGAUAAUAUCUAUCCUGAGAUGCAAAUAUCUGGGCCCAAUGCCAAAGCUGCGCAGCCAGUUUUUAUUAAUAGAGCACAGAAACGACCGAAAAUAAUCCAGCGUGGAAGGUUGUAUCACCUUCAAACCAACAAAUGCCUGGUCGCCCAGGGCCACCCAAGUCAGAAAGGAGGCCUGGUAGUGGUUCGGGAAUGUGACUACAAUGAUCAAAACCAGGUUUGGAUUUACAAUGAAGAUCACGAGCUGAUUUUAAAUAAUCUCCUUUGCUUGGAUGUUUCGGAAACUCGCUCGUCCGAUCCACCUCGUCUCAUGAAAUGCCAUGGAUCCGGUGGCUCACAGCAGUGGACGUUUGGGAAAAACAACCGCCUGUACCAGGUCUCCGUGGGGCAGUGCAUGAAGGUGGUCGAUCCGCUUAGCCACAAAGGAUAUGUGACCAUGGCCAUCUGCGAUGGGUCCCUUCCUCAGCAGUGGCAUUUUGAGAGCUGAGACGGCGAGUGUGCGGCUGAGAAGCAUUAAGCUGCGACCUGAUUCCCCUUCAGCUUUGCGAGGAGCCCUUAGCUGGUAAGCCCA